AUGAGGGAUUUGUUGCGCUCCAAAAAUCCAAAUAGUUAUGAAAUGACAUUUGGUGGUAAAACAGUUGUAUUUGGUGGAGAUUUUAGGCAAAUUCUACCUGUAAUUCCAAAGGGCAUAAGACAAGAUAUUGUGGGGGCGAGCAAAAAUUCAUCAUAUCUUUGGAGAUCCUGUAAAGUUUUUAGGCUAACCAAGAAUCUACGACUAAGAAGUGUACAAUCAUCGAUUGAGGCUAAAGAAAUUGAAGAGUUUGCAAACUGGAUAGCUAAUAUAGGGGACGGAACACUUGGUAAUUCAAGUGACGGUGAAGCAGAUAUUACAAUUCCAGAUGAGUUAUUGCUUCGUUGUGAUGAUGACCCUAUUGCUACCAUUGUUGAUAGCACAUUCCCUGCCUUUAGACGUGGUAAUGUGGAUCUGUCAUAUCUUAAGGAUAGUGAUAUAUUGGCUCCAACAUUGGAUGUGGUAGAUAGCAUUAACAAAUACAUGAAUGAUCACAAUCCCGCGGAGGGUAUGACGUAUUUGAGUUGUGAUUCAGUUUGUAAGUCAGAUUCAAAUGCAGAUAUGUUGGCGGAUUUGAACACUCCUGAAUUCUUGAAUGGUCUGCAUUGUUCUGGAGUACCUAAUCAUGCAUUGACAUUGAAAUUUAGAUCACCGGUUAUGCUCUUGAGAAAUAUUGAUCACACUCUUGGCUUAUGCAAUGGUACAAGGUUGAUUGUAACAAGGUUAGCUGAUCAUGUGUUGGAAGGCCAGAUAAUUUGCGGUACAAAUGCAGGUACUAGAGUACUUAUUCCCAGAAUGUCACUUACACCGUCUGAUCUAAGAUUGCCUUUCAAAUUCCAAUGA